UUGUUGGUUUUUGGAUUAUUUCGGAAAAAAAUAUGUGGGACCCACCUCAAGGGAUGGAGAUGUGGGAUAACAAACAUCUGCAACCAUAAAAUUUCCAAAUGCUACUUUGAUUGGUGAUUUCAUGGCUUGCUUGGUUACUGCAGGGGUGUGGGAAAUCCGCGUGAUUGAUUUUUAUUUGUGACUUUCAACUAAUUGAUGAUCUGUACGGAUUUUUGGAAUUGCGGAAAAGUUUGGAAACAGUCUCACCCCUUUUUAUCGUUCUGGUGUCUCCACACACAUUCUCUCUUACAUUACACAGGAAGAAAAUCGAUAGAGGAUAGCUUAGGCUUUUUCUAUUUACUGUUGUAACCCGAGACAACCGCAAAACAUUGUGUGCAGUGGUUGCAUUUGCGACGAAACGAGGGGUUAUCUCCUGCAUGCAGGCAACCACCCAAAUAUUCCAAACCGAACUAUCCAGGGUUGGACACGAACAUGAAGACAGCUUAGGGCUGCUGCCAUUGUUGUUAUUGUUGCUAUAGUUCUGAGUUCAGUGAAGCGGAAAUACAGCAUGGAGGAACUUUUGAUGACUAUCGUUAAGGAGGCGACCGGGAGCAAGCAGCAGAACUUGAAGCAAGCCGCACAAAUUGCACACGACAAACUUUUACGCCAGCAUGGCAUCCAUAGGGACCCCUCGUACGAGUUACGAUCCGUUUGCUUCACCGCUCUACAAAUGGCGCUGGACACGAAGCGACCUAAAUUUGUGACCUACGGUUUGAAUGGGUUGCACCGUAUCAUUCGCGAUGAACGAUUCUUCUUCGGUCUGGAACCGGAGGACGACUCACUAUGGUUGCCGGCCCAACUACUCAGGUCGACUUCGGGGAUAUCAACCGUCGGCAAUGAGGACACCGUAGUCAACGUUCUUCGGCUAUUCCUCUCGAUGGCUUGCUCGCCAACUUGUACCCUCAAUGGUAGACUUCUCAUCGAAGUCCUGUCGAAGUGCGGUGAAUGCUGGGAGAAUGGCUCACGAGCAGUGAAAGCAGCUUCCUUAGCUGCCGGGAGUCAAUGUUUACGCGCAUUCUGUACCUUCCUCAAGGACGAAGCCGAGGAGAUUCUUCGUACCGGUCCAACUGGGAUCAUCAGCAUCGGCAUGGCUGCCGCCGUCUACAACGAGGUUAUACCUGUAAUGCAAUGGCUGUGCAGUCGGUUGAUAGAACCCAGCACCGGCAGUCCUAAGCGGACAGACGCUCCCGGUUCCCUUUACCUGAUGGAGUGCAUCCUAACCCUGGUGACAUCCCUGCCACCAGAUGUCCACGCCAAUCCUCAUUUUACCGCCUUCCUGUGGCAGAAGUUCUGUCCAACGCUAGCCGCUACCCUCGGUUCACCCGGAAGAGUCAACAUUGAUAAGAAGUUCAGUUACAAAGACGCAAUACACCUGAUUGAAUCGGAACACCGUGGCUUCUUUACCCGUCCGGGCCUGGAUGGACCUCAAGCCCGUUGCAUCUACCUGACCAGUAUUCAGCUGCUACGGAUUGCGGGAGCCCAAGGUACUCUAAGGCCCAUGCUGGAAGCCCUGUUCCAUCGGAUGUUGCUACUACCAAUAGCGGCAAAUCGAGCCGAACCGUUGCGUUGCGUUCGGGAAAUCCUUAAGAGCCCCGAACGUCUCAUUGACCUGUCGGUCAUUCUCUAUCCGGACAAAAAUCAAGGCCAGAGCUGCAGUGACGACAUGGCGUUAUUUCGACUAAUUGUGGACGCCAUGGAAGAGUGCGCCACUGCAUCGCAUCACGGCAACAAUUCCGUAGACAACUCGAUGAACUCGAGCGUGGAGUGCAUCGUGGCACUGCUGGAAAGCCUCCAGACCCUUUGCUCGGGAACAUUCGACGAGGCAAUCAUGAGCGAUCGUAUUGCCGAUGCCAUCAACAACCGCUACCAUCAGCUGCGGGAAUCCGACUACACCGGCCCAUUGACAUAUCAAUCGAUGGCACGGCUACCGGCACCGUACCGAGACGCCGUUGCCGAGCUGCGUCAGAAUGGCUUCGAAACAUCGUCCGAGUCCGAAGUGGAUGCUGAGCAUCCGAUCGAUCCGGAGGCAGGUUCUCUCGGAUCUGGGGACACGGAAGGCCCAGAAGAUGAGGCCCACUCCUCCAGCGAUGACGUAUCGUCCAGGAUCGACGGCAAUUGGCCCUGGGCUCACCUGGAGGAACCCCCACUUGUCCGUUCGGAUGUAGACUGCGAUCGCCAUCACGCUCGGGAGUUCGCAAAAGUGCUUACCGGAGAUCUGGUUCCGAAUCUGCUGAAGCUGAAAGUUUCCGUCGAAGUGGACGAAGCUAUCCAGGAGUUCGCUUCCAAUAUCUGCCAGCAAAAUAGUCUGAAUUACUCGGACUACGACUACAAUCUAACCGCGUUAAACGCGGAUGGAAUCUAUCUAGCGACCUACUCCGCUCUGCUCUUAGCGCUGCAACUCAUGAAAGCCGGUCAUUACGAAGAAGACCAUGAGCCCAUUCUGAUUCCUUUAUCUGAGCAACAAUUCGUAACUUCCGUCCAAAACGCUGGAGUUUUAGUCUACCUUAGCUCCGCGUGGCUCCGUGAGCUCUACCAGAGCAUCCUGGCUUCCAACCCACUCGGAACGUUAAAGUCCAUCGAAAAUACGGAUGGAUCGCACUGUGCCCUGGUGGACAUGCUGUACGAUGCCGGCGGCGUCGGUCCAUCACAAAUGCUGUCAGACUGGCAACGGCUGCAGUCGGUCGUCAGAAUUCAAACCGAACCGAACGCCAAACAGCUGGCGGGCAAGAAGCUUGCCAGACGUCUACUCACCUGUUGUUGGGAUUCGAUGGUCACAGUGCUGACCGCCGGGUUGGGCGAGGUUGACGACUCUCGCACGGCUCGACUGAUGAAGCUAUCGAAGAAGACCCUCCGGGUCAAGAAGAAAGCCCGCACCUCGGGCGAAGCGCUGUACGCUCUGAGCUUGGAAGGUUUGCAUGCUGCGGCCACGUUGAGCAACUCGCUCAAUUUGCAGCAUCUAGCUGGGAAAAUCCUAAACCUGAUCGCAACAAACGUGUGUCAAAAUUCGGGCCCAAAGAUCCCCGCUAGCCAAGCCCUGUCCAUGGAUGUGGUGCUGUCCGGUGGAUUGGAACUGGGUUCACAUUCCGCCGAAUGUUGGCUGCCGGUAUUCUCCGUUUGUCGACACGUGACCCAGCUGGAGCACGAUCUGUUCAGCUCGCAGAACGCUCAGAUGGGAAACGCUUCCCAGGUGGCGAGCAAUGGAAAGGAAGCGGAAUCGCCCAGCAAGAGCAGUGCACAAUCCGACAAACUGAAUUUGUCGUCGUACCCGAUUGACGAGGAUGAGACGUGCGUGGAUGUUUACAGUUUCCUGCAGGCACCGCUCCCGAAUUCGAACGCCAACGUGGCAACCAUCCUGAAGGCGUACUCCGGCAACGAUGCGGUCAAUCUAUCGCAAGCGGAUACGGCCAAAAUGCUGUGCGCGUUGUCUCACCAGGCGGACACACUCUUCUCGGAUGCCGCCGAGCGUCUCGCCCUGCCAGCUCUGCUGCACUUCCUGAAGAGUCUGUGCCGGGCGUCACGCGAGCAGCUCUACCGCGGUUCGUCAUCCAAGAAGGGUAAGAAGUCCUGGUGGCUUGGCCGGCCGUGGAAGGUUAAGAACGAUUCGCUACCUCUGUCACUGCUGUUGCAUCGCGUCGGCGAUGUAACGCUGAAGGUAUUCCGGGGACCAAGGCCGCUGCUGCACAUUCUGAAGGUUUGGGCCAUCACCGGGCCGCAUCUGAUGGAUGCUGCUUGUCACAAGGACCGUGCCAUUUCGAAGCGAGCCAUCGAAUACAUCCAUGAUAUCAUUACGGCUCUUCUGGUGGAGCAGUCGGAGCUGCCGCAUUUCCACUUCAACGAAGCGCUCCUCAAGCCGUUCGAGAACUUGUUGAGCAUGGAUUCGUGCGAUGUGGACGUACAGGAUCAGAUAGUGGCAUGUCUGUACGAGAUCGUCGAGGCUCAUCGUACGGAGAUCCGGUCCGGUUGGCGACCGCUGUUCGGAACGUUAAGAACUGCUCGUAACCGCCCGGUGCAUUUGUCCAACAUCAUCGACAUCUUCCAUGUAUUUCUUGAGACGGACAACACGCUGGUGUUCGCCAACGCUGGACUGGACUGCAUUUUGUGUCUGUUGUCCUACCUGGAGAUCUCCGGUAGUGGGGGAAGCGCUGCCGGUUCCACCGGAGGGAGCGGCAACGGAUCCGAAGGCAGCACAAACGACGACAAUAACAUUAGAUCCAGUGAUUUUUUAUAUGAUGCUUUGAAAUUCCUCGAACGUUGCUCAUCGAUCCUUAGUUUCAUGUACAACAUGCCGCAGUGUCCGAACCUGCACUCGACUUACAAGAUCAAGGGCAUAACCUACACUCACAUAAUCGAUGCCAACAUUCCGAACUCGAUGGAAAACUUCACCUACUUCGGACAGGACUAUCUGCAGAGCAGUAAUGAGCAGUACAUGAUCAGUUACCGAUCGCUUCACAUCGACAAGGAGACGAUCACCAAGAUCGAUGAGCUGGACAAGCCUAGCGGAGUGCUGAAGGUGUGGUUCCUGUUGUUGGACGGAUUGACCAAUUCGUUGAUCGUGUGCCCAAUUGCUCAUCAAUCGCCGAUCCUGCAGUCGAUCUUCAAGCUAUUCAAAUCACUGUUGAUCAAUCCGGGAAUAGAAUUUGGUUUCUACUGUAUCAAUCACCUGUUGAUUCCGAUGAUUCAGGACUGGUUGCGGUACGUGAACAAGGCGCAGAAGAACUGGAGCUUGAUCGAGAAGAAUUUCAAGCACUGCUGCUGCAUGACCACCGAUCUGGUGGUGGAGUUCAUCGAGAAGUCGCAAACCUCGGUGGGAGGGUUGGAAGACCGAAUUGUGAUCGGGAGCGAGCAGACGUUCAACCAUCAUCAGCAGAGUUUGAAGAAGAACAAGUUUACGAGCAUCGUUCGACCGGUGGAUAAUAUGAAGUACAGCAAGCUGCGGAGGAUGACUUCGGUGGAGGAUCAGCAGCAGCAGCAACAACAGCAGUAUGCGGGUUAUUAUGGAAAUAAGAAGGAAGAGGAGUCUGGGGCGACUAAGAUCCCGACGGCGGCAAUUUUAGCGCUGAAGCAGUUGUUGCUAGUGUUGAUUGAGUGUUCGGCGCAGUCGCAGGAAACGAUCGCUCGAGUCGGGGUGAGCUGCAUGAAGCACAUCAUCUUCUCCACCGGGCACAUCUUCAACGAGGACCAGUGGAUGGUGAUCACGUCGGCGAUUCACCGGGCCAGCACGGUGACGAUGGCUCCGCUGAGACAGUUGAUCUUCGCUUUCAAUGAGAACUCGAACAGUUUUUACGGAGAUUGUGCAAAUGUGAAGGUCGCGGCAAGGCGUGAUAGUACGCUGGAUGAACUGCAGAGGGUGCACUCGUUGGCACAGCAGGUGUUCCUGAUGGACAACCAGCGGGACGUGUUGAACUCUAAGGUGAACAACAACAUCGCUGGAAGUUUGAAUGGAGUUAAUGGAGCUGGUACGGCUACGGAUGAUCGAUCAUAUUCGUUUUUGCUGUACCCUUUGAACUGCAACACGAACAUGACGCAGUCGUGCUCGGUGAACGGAGGCGGCAUUAGUGCGUCUUUGCAGAGCAACGGUUUGAACUUGGAUAGCUACAUCAUUAGGAUUCCGUACAGGAACUUGGUGGUAGGGCUGUUGGCGAGUCAGAUGUUACUGCAGUUGAUAGCCAACAUCUUAUUGAAUGGGCUGACGAAUGUUCCGAAUGAACUGAACUCGUGCAUCUAUAACGGAGGUGAGACUACAACUAGCAGCACCAGCAAGGCCCUAUUCCAACUGGGGUACCGCAGUAAGGAGGUACUGCUGAGAACCUUGAAGCAGUUCCUUAUUUGUUCGAUGGACUUUGAUCUGCGACCAGGGCUCAAGUUUUUGAUCCAGAAGGUGUCCAAUAUUGAAAAUGCGGCCAACUUGUAUAAGCAAAUGACGUCCUCGUGGAUCAUAAACUACAUGACCUUGGUGGAUGUCUAUAUCAACAAUAUCCGGGCGUAUAACCUGAAUGAAGAUGACAUCAAGUACAUUCUGGACUCGUGUAGUCACAUGACGGCCGCUAGUCAGCAAUGGAAGAAAAACGAGAACUUCGUCCAUUAUCUGUUGGCUCUUCGGGACUUGUGGGAUCUGAUCGCAGAGCACUUCAUCGAUAACAUGGAGAGUAACGGCAACGAUGGUUCGAUCAUUACACACAUCGUAGAGAACAAGUUGGAGAAAUACGAACGCUUCGACGACAAGCUUGAUAGCUCCGGAGGCGAGGACGACCCGUCGAGUUCACCGGAGGGAGUCAGCUGUGGAGAUCUGUCCAACGACAACGACAAUCAAGUGAUUGAUCCAGAGUCGCCGUCCAAAAGUGACGAAGAGAGCGUCUCCGUAUCGACGAUUGUCGGCAACCACGGUGGAAGAAUGAAUCCGUUCAAUAUCUCCGCCAAUCAGCAGCAGCACUUGCAACAUCAACAGCAGUUGCAGCAUCAACAGCAACAACAGCAAUCCAUAUCGCCGGAGAUCGAGCAGCAGAGAACUAAUAGCAUACAGAAGGACUUGAUUUGCAAACGGACCGCCCUGAAGCAGCUGAUCGUGGCCUCCAUGGAAUUGCUGAAACUGCUGCCCGAGGAACAGGCCGAGCUUUUGAAGCUGCUACUCACGCCCAAGAUCCGCGAAGCAUUCCGGGUGAUACAAGAACAGGGUACAGGGGGCUUAACAAUGGAGUAGGUGCCGUUCAACCCGCUGCGCGGGUUUUCUUCUACGUAACUUUUUUGUCGCACUACCAUAUAUAUGCAAACGUACAUUUCGAUGGAAGACAAGAUAUAAUCGACUAGACUGAAAUCGUUUAACAAAAAUAUAUAUCGCAAAUUUACAGACAAUGCAAACUCCUGAAUUGAAGUUGAAUGGCAGAUCAAGAAAAAAACACAUAUUUUGAUGAUAUAUAGCUUUACAUGAUUUAUACAUUUACGCAUAAAACAAAACAAAAUCAUAUAUACCUAUAUAUACAUAUUGAUGCCCCCUUAAGAAUCCUAUAACUGUUGAUAUACGCUAAGGAAUUUACUAAGGAAAACGCAAAUACGCUAUUAAUUACUACACUUGAGCUAUAUGCCCUCCACACAGCAGCUGUGACAAUUGACACUAACACUAACACAUACACAAACACGUUGCUCAAAAACAUACAACACUUAUUCUCUCAAACAGUCAGCAGCUUAAAGCUAUCACAAUGCGCGUGUGUUCUACUCGUUUCAACACUAACUUACUACAGAAACAAUCCGGUGUAAUCGAAAACCUCACCUAUAUGCAAAAACUAUAAAUCAAACCCUUUUAUAAGCAACUAUAGCUACCAAAAACAGCCUGGCUUCUAUCAUUAUAACCGCUCGCAAGCACUACAAUACCGGCGUGGUUACUUCCGUUGACUAACUUUCUUCGGCUUGUAUUCUUUUUCGUUCAAUCUCAACAAGGCUACGAGAAUUAUCAAAGCAAGCGUUCUGCAUCACAGCCUACUCAGCCGAUCAUUUUACCUUGUCUCAAAAAUGUAAACUCUUGCUUAGAAAAACAAGCUUCUGUGACUCUUUAUCUAUCUUAACAAUUUCCUCUCUCGAAUACGUGGAGCAUUAAAAAAUCAAUGAUUCAAAUUAUGAAGUGGAACAAAUCGAAGAACCUACUGCAAAUGGUUGCCGGAAGCCAUUAUUUAUGAUAGGUACGUUUAUUAUUAUGUAUUCGUGGUAUACGUGUACUCGAGUUAUUACACAGACACUCAAACAUACAAACAAACUAAGUAAACAAUGUAUUUAAUCUGCUUUGGUUGAAAGUAAAACAACUUAUAACUAAAAGUGAAAAAAAAAACAAAGUAUUUUUUGCGAUUGAAUCAGUAUUUUAACUCCUUUGAAAAACAACAAAUUUAUCCCCGAUUUUUAAUUAGGGCUCAUUUUUAUUACGAAAAAAUAAAUUCAACACAAAAUACAAGACAAAAAAGACACUCCAAACUCCCCAUUGGACAUCUCUCUCUAAAUGUGGAUUAAACCAAACAAAACCAGUUGAAAACCCAGUAACAAAACAGUAUAAACAGCAAACAUUUCAGAUAGUAUGUGAAAAAAAAACAAGUAUUUACCCUCAGACAAUGUGAAUGAGUAUGGAAACGCAGUAUAGAGGCAGAGGAAGAAAGGAAACAACAAACAUCAGCAACCAAUUCCAUCACCGACGUGGAACCUGUCGUGAGAAACAAUAAACAAUUGAAGUAAAAUAUUAUAUAUUUGUGCAACUGA